CAACUGGUUUAGGCGGACACUUUUAGCUGGCUCUAAGUGCUUGUACCAUGCCGCUCGCACGUGAUCUUUUGCACCCAUCUUUCCGGGAAGAGAAGCGAAAAUGCAAGCUUAAACGGUUGGUCCCAUCACCGAACUCCUUUUUCAUGGAUGUUAAGUGUUCUGGAUGUCUUAAAAUUCAGAUAGUUUUUAGUCAUGCUCAGACUCCAGUUGUUUGCCCUGGAUGUGAUCGGAUAUUGUGCCAACCCACGGGGGGUCGAGCACGACUGGCUGAUGGAUGUAGCUAUCGAAAGAAGACUCGGUAAACUUUUGUAUUUUCUGAUGGAUUCAAUAAACUUAUGGAAAUAACUGA